GGACCUAACCAUCUCCAGGCAGGACUCAUACCAAAGGCUACAAACCUCUUCUCACACGCCUUCAUCAUGGUCCGCUCAAACAGGCUCGUGGCCCUUGGCGCCGCCCUGCUGCACUCGACCUCGCUCUUUGUGGCUGCCGCCGACGAGUUCCGCCUGGUCAAGACCUCUGACGAGGAUGCCGGCACGUGGAUGACCGAGGAGCAGAAGUGGGACCUCACGGCUCAGGGCAUCCGGUUCAUCGACAUUACCGACACGAUUGAACUCGAGGACGAGUACCUUGCUCGCCUCAACACCUCCCUGGAGACCCGGGAGCUCUCGCGGCGGGCCAUCCCGUCGUCCCCCUCCCACCAGUCGGAGGCGGCUCCCUUGGUCGCUGCAGCCACCCAGACCAACAUGAAGACAUGGGCCAACGCCAUGGUCGCCUACCGCAACAGGCACUACAAGGGCAGCUACGCGACGCAGGCCGCCACCUGGAUGUUCAACACGGUCAAGUCGGUGGCCUCGGCCAACACGGCCAUCACCGUCUCCCAGUUCACCCACAGCAGCUACGACCAGCCCAGUGUCAUUGCAAAGAUCCCCGGCACUGGCAGCGGCGUCGUCGUCGUGAGCGCCCACUACGACUCGACCGGCGGGUCGACGACCUCCGUCGGGCCCGGAGCCGACGACAAUGCGUCCGGGGUCGUCGUGAUCCUCGAGGCCCUGCGCGUGCUGGCGGCCGCCAAGUACAAGGGUCCCAACACGCUCGAGUUCCACUUCUACAGCGGCGAGGAGGGCGGCCUGCUGGGCUCCCGCGACGUGAUGCAGAGCUACAAGCGCGCCGGCACCGACAUCCGCGCCGUCCUUAACCAGGACAUGACGGGCUACUCGCCCAACAACGUCAUUGCCGUCUACACCGACUACGUCGACGCCACCCUCACCAGCUUCUGCCAGAAGCUCGUCCCCGUCUACACCAGCCUCAAGCUCGUCACCGACCGCUGCGGCUACGGAUGCUCUGACCACGCCUCUGCAAACACCGCCGGCUACCGCGCCGCCUAUGUCUGCGAGGACACAAUGGCCGACUCGAGCCCCUACAUCCACUCGAGCAGGGACACUAUUUCGACCCUGUCGUUCCCUCACAUGCUCGAGCACGCCAAGUAUACCAUCGGCUUCCUCGUCGAGGGCGCUUACUUCUAGGCUCCUCCCGUCCCGUAUCUAAAAGCUGCAAAAAGCUGCCUUUUGCCGCAGUCUUGUCAUAAACCCCAGACAAAAAAAAUGACAGAUAUCAAGCCUGGCCGCAUCUCGCGUCGCGCUCGAGUGUGUGCUCGAGUGUGUUUGUUGCUUUUUGCCCUCCCUUGGCGGCGCGCAGCAGCAGCACCUCCUCACAAAGGAAGAAGAAACCCCCCGGAUCAUCUUAUUUCUUCAGGAGUGCAUAUUGUGCCUCGUCGAAGAAGAAAAACGAAAAAAACCGACGCUGAAUGUUUCUCCGUGUACAUAUUUGUCUUAUCGAAUAUACAUAGUUAUACAUAACAUUAUCUCGAAAAA